GAGGUUAAACCCCCAAAAAAAACCUCCAAAAUUCCCAUUUCCCCCUGGAUUUUCCCAUUUUUUCCAGGAUUUUUCCUCACCUGUCCUUCCCGCCGCGUGAGCCCGUUCUGGAGCUUUUCCCAUGGAUUUUGGGGCUGAUUUUUCCAUGUUUUCUGCAGGAAGCACGCCCUGAACUGCCACAGGAUGAAGCCGGCCCUUUUCAGCGUCCUCUGUGAAAUCAAGGAAAAAACAGCUCUGAGCGUGCGUAACCUCCCCGAGGAGGAACCCCCUGACGCUCAGCUGAUGCGCCUGGACAACAUGCUGCUGGCCGAGGGCGUGGCGGGGCCGGAAAGAGCCGGAAAAAACCGGGAAAAAACGGGAAAAGGCGCGGAAAAUUCCGGAAAAGAGCCCGGAAAAGUGGGAGAAAUCCCUGGAAAAAUUGGGAUUGGGGGUUGUCCACACGAGCACGGCAUCGAGCACUCGGAUUAUCGCGCCAAGCUGGCGCAGAUCCGACAGAUUUUCCACUCGGAGCUGGAGAAAUACGAUCAG